AUGCCACCCCAACCUCCCUCACCCCCGAGAAACAUCCCCCCCGCCAUUUUCCGGGACAGCAACAACCACCCACUUGAAUUUUUCAUAGGCGAAGAUGAACCGGACUUCAACUACUACGCCAAUCAGAUUCUUGCCCACGGUGGUGUGGUGCACUCAAACACAGAAGUGUUGGUGCAUCUCCCCGACAUCAUCCACCUAAGCACGAGAAACUGGCCGCGCAGAAUGACGGUGGCAUUCAGUUACAUUGAUGAUGCGAUCAAAACCGGAGUGGUGCCUCGCAUUCCCAACCACCCGCAAGGGUUCGCGGAACAUCGCGAAAAUGAAGGGAAAAAAAGAGAAUUGGAAAUGGCCGAUUUUCUGGGCGACAAGAGGAAACGGUCCGGCAAUACGGGCAAAACCACCACCAAGUUCACUCCCGAACAGGACCACUUCAUCUUGGAGGAGGUGCGCAUGAAACCACGCCACAGAACACUGCAUUUAUUUUUCGAGAAGUUGGCUCGCAACCUGGAGAUUCUACGCGGCCACACUGGCAACUCCGUAAGAAGCCGCUACCGGCUGCAGCUCGAAAACAAGUUGGGGUAUGUCUACAAGACUGAUACGGAUGAUAACCUCAUCCUUGAUGAGACGAGACUGCGCAUCGCCAUCCCCGUAGAGGCGUCCCAAACCAUGAAGAGGAAGUACACCGCCGAGGAUGACUACAACUUGUGCUGCGCGAUCGUUGAUCUUGUUCGAGAGAACAAAACGCUGGUGACGUUCGACACCGCGGCCAAGACCGACGAAGAGUUGUUGGAGAGACACAAGUAUCCGAUGAACGAGGAGAAGUUUCUGGUGCUGAUAUCGUUUUUCGAUAGGUUUGCCCUGCAAAACCCUCAGCACUCCCUGAGCAGUUGGCGUGACCGCUACCGGAAGUUCGCCCGCCCGUUUGGCGUGCAGAAGUACAUCGAGAAGUACAAGUUCGAGCUCAACUCGAAGGACGGCCCGCUGCCGAUGAAGAACAUGACCAGACGUCCGAACAAGAUGAGCGCUUCUUCCAACGAGGACAGGCUUUCGCGCGACAUCAAGAAGGUGCUGCGCUCCCGGGCCAAACCAUCCUUCAACUCUUCCCAGCAUCACGAGUCCAUGCACAUGGAUCCACAUAUGGGCGUUAUGUCCGCGCCCAUGGAUGAUAGUGCAGCAGCAGCAGUGGCGGUUGCAAAUAUGGCUGUGGCCAGCAUGAAUGACAAGAGCACCAUGCUGAUCGAUCCCAACAUCCACGAGGUGCUCCGCGAAGCCAACGCCGAGGCUGGGCUGGUCAAUAUACACGAAGAUAUCCGUUUGGAUCCAUCUUUGACCAAUGUCGAACAUCACCAACACCCACACCUACAUCAACAUCUGGACCUAGACCAUAGUGCGUUCAAUGAUAUUGCCAUAAAGGUUGGCGGCCACAACUCGUCUUCACAGACAUAUCCUUUCGACUGCAAAUUCAUGGAUUCCAGCGUGAAUGAAACUGACCUUUUCACUCAUACGUUCACGUCCAGCGACCAGCGUGAGGUGUUGUCUAGCAUCAACGAGAUUCUCUUGAGCAGUACUGCUGAAGACUUAAACAAGGUCACCCAGCAAUUAGAGCAGUUGGGAUUUACCUCCAGAUACGUCAAGCAUAUUUUCUGCGUUACUGGCGGUGACGCAGGUCGUUUGCUCGAGUUCUUUCAACACAUGUUCCAGGUUCUUGAGGAGAGCGGCUCUCGGGAUCUUGAUCAGUUAUUGUACUUAUACGAAAAGGACGGGUUCUGGACUCCCGAGGCCGAUGAAGCAUUGACGACUGGACACCAGUCUUCUCUCCAAUACAUGUCGCCUGAAAGCAUUAAUGCUAGACAAAAAUUUCUUGGGUUUGAAUAG